AACACGUCUUAUCAGACAUUUUUCUGCAUUUGCUAACUUUUUAAAAUUUCAAUCGUUACGAAUACAAUCUAACUAACAAAACUAUUAUACUGACUCCAAUAUAUUACGAACAUAUUAAAAUAUAUUGCAUUGAUUUCCCUUAGAUAUCUGAAUACCUUACAAAUUUGAGAGAAUAUUUUAGAAAGGAAGAACAAAAUGGUGGUGUGGUACCUAUUUUCAAAAAAGUGUUGUUACAUGCAAAUCAUAUUGCGAUUAAAAAUAAAACUGCUGAAUAUUCUUACCAACAGCUUUAUUUAGGCUCAAAAAAGUUGUCCAUUCAAAUAUCGAACAUAUGUGUGGUGCAUCAAGUAAUAUUGCUGUUUUUUGUGAAAAUAACGCUUUAUUGCCAUUAACACAAUGGGCAUGUUGGAUGUCUGGACAAAUUUUUGUGCCACUUCUGUAUAAAUUUCCAUUUGAAACACUAAGUUUUAUGAUUGAUGAUUCCAAAUCAAAACUCAUAAUUUCUGGAAAACUAUAUGAAAAGAUAGCAAAGAAGCUGGCGGAAAAUUUUGAUAUACCGCUAAUUAUUAUUGAUCAUGAUUUUAUACCAGAACACAUUAUGACUCGUCACUUUUUGGAAAAGACUAUACUUACGGUCGGCGAUAAUGUUUUCUUAGAAGGUACUUUAAAUAACGACUUUUAUUCUUAUACGGUCGCACUGUUGGUUUAUAAUAGCACUGCAGCUCAAAAGCCAAAAGGAAGCCAAAUAACACAUAAGAACCUGCUGUCUCGAAUUACAGCAACAUCAGAAGCUUGGAAUUAUAAAUCAAGUGACUUUUUGCUAAAUUUGUUGCCAGUAGAAUUCAAUGCUUAUAGCGUACAUUCUAUGAUGUGCUUGUUAAAUGUUGGUGGUAAAAUAUAUUUCAGCGAUAAUAUCAAUUACGACGAGAUAUGGAAUAUAAUACUUGGUAUAAAUCAGCGUGUAAAGGAUAAACCCAAUUUGCUAACAGCAUUACCUUCAACGUAUACUAAAAUCCUCAAAAUAUAUAACAAAGCAUUUUACAAUAACCGUAGCAUGGUUAAAUAUAUCAAAAGCUAUUGUACACUUAAUUUUCGACUUAUGAUAUCUGGAUCAACACCCUUACCAAUGAAUAUUUUCUAUUUUUGGUAUAAAGUAACAGGUCAUAAGCUUCUACGUUAUUAUGAAACACCUGAAACCGGAGCAAUUCUAAGUAAUCCAUAUAUCGAAGAUAAAUGGAAGAAACGGAAGCCAAACUCAUUUGACCUUACGUUUCCGCAAACCAUAAUUCGUAUUGUCAAUCCUAAAGAUAAAACAAUACUAGGACAUACAGUUGGAAAUUCAAAAAAACCAGUGGCUGAUAAUACUACUUUAAUGGUGUCUUUUAACGCCAGAUAUGAAAAUUUGUUAGGAGAACUCCAGGUAUCGGGACCCAGUAUUUUUAAAGGAUAUUUACAUCAAGAUGAUAAUAAAGUAUAUUUUGAAAACAAUUUUUUUAAAACGGGAAUUAUUGUAGAAUUUGAAAAUGAUUCCUUUACGUUGUUGGGACCUGGUGACAGCGUAGUUUUUAAAAGAACAGGUCGAAAUAUUCCAAGUCAUGAAAUAGAAACAUUAUUAAAAACCCACCCAAAAAUAAAGGAUGCAGCAGUUGUAGGCAUUCAGCGCCCUUUCUUGAAUAAUAACAUUUGCGCUGUAUGUGUUAUUGAAGCAGAAUCAACUUGCGAUUUAAGUAAUAUUAAGCUGUUUUGCUCUAAAUGGUUGCCUCCAUAUAUGUGCCCUGAUAUUUUUAAAAUAGUUCCCUAUAUAAAUCGAAAUUCGGAAGGAAAAAUUGAAAAAAAUCACCUAACGCAAUUGUAUUAUUUGUGAUAUUGGCAUUACAUGUUGCUAUAAAAUUUACGUAUAAUUAUUGUAAAAUAUUUCAAAUGUAUAUUGUUAAUAUUGUUUUUAUAAAAGAUUUAAUAAUCAUUACUCUUAACUAUAAAGUUCGAUUUAAAUACUGAA